AUGAUGAGUAGAAAUGUUUUCAAAUUUCAAGCUAGUACAGCUAGAAGGUUACUACUAGUAACACCUCGUCGUACAUUCAUCCAAUCCUUCAACAGGUUUCAAGAAGAACAGUCAAAAGCCAAGACAAAUGCCGAAGCGGAAAGUGAUGCAUCUACCAAGAAAAGAAGACCAUUGAGCAGAGUUGCGAUUGGUGGAUCUAAAGAGUCUCAAAAAAACUAUAGUGUUGGUGGCGGCCUUGAAUUUGCCACAUGGAAAGCAGUGGUAUUGCUCAUGCUUGUUGGUGGUGUGGGAACUUAUUUUUUCCAAAAUGAAAAAGCAAGAUUACACCAGGCUCGUGAGAUGGAGCAGAAUCGUAAGAUUGGUAAGCCUUUGAUUGGAGGUGCGUUUACUUUGGAGGAUACUAAUGGCGAAAAAUUCACGCAAGAGAAUUUGAUUGAUCCAAAUGAAAAAAGAUUCUCUAUACUUUACUUUGGAUUCACGCAUUGUCCAGAUGUUUGUCCCGAGGAGUUGGAUAAACUAGGCGAAAUGUUGGAUAUCUUGCAAAAAAAUAAUGUUGAAAUGCAACCUGUUUUCAUUACAUGUGACCCGGCAAGAGACAGCAAGGAAAUGUUAGCUGCAUACUUGAAAGAUUUCCAUGAAGGAAUCAUUGGACUCACGGGAACUUAUGAACAAGUGAAAAAUACAUGUAAGAAAUACCGGGUAUACUUCCUGACGCCCGAACAUGCUCCGGGACAGGAUUACCUCGUGGACCACAGUAUAUUCUUUUACGUGCUUGAUCCCGAAGGUAAUUUUGUUGAUGUUAUUGGACGUGAAGCCAACGCCGCUGAUAGUGCAGAGAAGAUCACCCAGUGUGCACGAGCAUAUGUUCCAAAAGCCAAGAGAGAAGCACAACAAAAUGGCUUUUUCUCAUUUCUCUAUAAAUAG